AUUAUAAUAAGCAAACUGGAUUUAUGCCAUGACUCGCGAGACUUUACCAAAGUGGGAUAAUGAUGAUGAUGAUGCAGAUGUUGUGGCAGUUUUGCUGGCUGCGGAAGCUGAGCUGAGAAAAUGCAUGCGUUGGCGUGCCACAGCUCCACCGGCGUCUCCGACCACCGGCGAUGCAUCCUCGCGGCGGACCACGGCCGACGAUCCGACCCUUCCGAACGACGCCGAGGAUCUCUCCUGCGACUGGACCGGGAGCUGGGGAAGCGUAACUACCGCAACGCCGUGGCCAUCGCGAAGCAGCUGCAGGGUAAGCCCAGUGGUCUCGCCGGCUUCGGCUCUGCCAAGCAGGUUCCGAAAAGAGUGUGGUUGCCUGAUGAUUUGAAGCUGAAUGGCACGGACUUGUCGUAUCUUAGUCCACUGCUGGACUCAACUCUCGAUUCGAUACAGAGUUGCCUUGAUUUUGCUCGAACGGAAGACUCUAUGCCAGGAAGUGGACAGCAAAGUGUUCCGCUUGAAGAAGGAAACGAUCAGCCUCUCGGGGAAGAAGACAUCUUCAUGUGUUCACAGCACGAAGCAGGUCAUUUCCUAGUUGCUUACCUACUCGGGGUCCUCCCGAAAGAAUAUAAAGUGCUGAAGAGAGGGAAUUCAAGCCAGGAUCAAUUUGCUGGAGGGACUGUGAAAUUUGUGGGAUUCGAAUUUCUUAGAGAGGUUCCUGAAUUGGAUACAUUAAGCGAAUCCAUUGGCGGCAGAAAAUCAAGUUAUAAAGUUAAUAAGAGAUGCAUAUCCUCCAAGACUUUCAACAACUUUUCCUGUGUCAUUCUGGGAGGCUUAGUGGCAGAGCUUCUUUCUUUUGGCUACUCUGAAGGAUUGCAUUCAGAUGUUGAUAAGCUGGAUAGAGUGAUCAGAUGGUUGGGCUUAACAGAAUCUACAGUGAAAUCACAUGUUAAAUGGGCAUCUCUGAACACUGCCUUCAUCCUGCACCAACACCACGAGACUAGGCUACAAUUAGCCAAAGCUAUGGGGUCAGGACAAUCGAUAGGAUCCUGCAUUAAUAUCAUAGAGAACUCUCUGCAUCAGAAAUAAAGCCAGGUAACUCGCUCAUUGUUUUUCUUUCCCCUGUAUAAGUUUGCAGAGUGAUGAUGUUGAUGCUGAAAAAGUUCAAUGGUUUUGUGGAUACUAAGAAAAUAGAAGUAAUUGAAGGAUGAGAAAUUCCACAGCCAGAGAAUGUUUCCAGGUCUAUCCCAAUGGUCUGAAAACCAGACUAAACUUGGGCAUUCGGAAUCAAUGCCUUAAGGCACAAAUUGUACUAUCUCAAGUUCAAGUUCAACAUACAUCCUCUUUCCAUCUCAAUUCACCUAAAGCAGUGAAGAUGCCAUUUAUCCGAGUUAUAAAACCACAUGAAUAGAAUUUCCAGUCUACUUGACAUCUAAAAACAUGGACAACGAAAAAACCCUUUGAUUUGAUUCAAACAUGAUCCUAGUAAGAUAUCAGGAUUCCCAGCAAGAGAGAACCUGAAAAACCCAUAUUCAAACAUAUACACUAGGAGUCCGCCCAUGGCAAAAUCUCUUAUACAAGAUCCAAGCUACAAAC